GGUGCUCCAACUGCUUUUCCUUUUGUUGCUGCCUUCAUUGAUCCUGGUUCUAAAUCAUGGAAUGUCCACAUGCUGAAAUUAUAUUUUGAGGAUGCUACGGUUCGUAUGAUUCAAGGGAUCCCUCUCGCAUGCCAAAGAAUCACUGACAAACUGAUAUGGCAUUAUGAAGCUUCAGGGCAAUUUUCUGUAAAAUCAGCCUAUCAUUUGGCGAGUAAUUUACAGGGCCGUUCUUAUUCAUCCAAGCAUCAAGCUUCUUUUAUGGAUCAUAGUUUGUGGAAUUGGGUUUGGAAUAGGAAAGUCCCUCCUAAAUUGCUUUUCUUCUUAUGGCAGGGUAUUCAUAGAAUCCUUCCUACUAGGGAGGCUUUGGUUGGGAGAGGAUUGGACUUAAUCCCAAUUUGUCCGGUGUGUGGACGAAAAGAAGAAACAAUUGAGCAUCUUUUUUUUACUUGCUUGGUGGCCCGUAAGUUGUGGAGGUUACUGGGUUUUCAGGAGCUUUGGAGACGGGCGGAGAAACGUUCUUUUACAGGUUUUAUCAGAAAUACGCUGUGCAAAACUAAUAGUUCGGAUUUAGAUUAUGUCAUUCUGCAGGUAAUUUGUUUGUUCUGGAGGCUAUGGAAGAAUCGUUGUAUGGUGGUUUUUCAAUUCAAGCAGCUCUCUCUCGAUGUUCUUGCUCAUCAAUGGUCUCAUCAAGUUAAGGAAGUGGAGCAGGCUCUUUUAUCUUCUACCCCAGAACCAAGAUUGUCAGCUUCGUUGCCUGUGCAGGUCUCGAUUGCAACACCAGGGAUUCGGGUUACUUUUGAUGCUGCUACUUCCAAUUGUGGUUUUGGGACGGUUGGUUUUGUUUUCUUUGAUUCUAUAGGUGGAGUCAUUGGGGCUGGAGCUCGGCGGUAUGAAGCAAUUAGUGAUCCCUAUGUGUUGGAAGACCUGGGCUCGCGGGAUUGUAUACUUGAUUGCUGCAGACGUGGGCUCCGAUCCAUAUCAUUUUGUGGAGAUGCGAAAUUAAUCAUUGACAAAUGUGUGGCAAGAGAUGCAGCGGACAACAAAAUUGGUGCCCUGUUGCAGGAGAUAUUUUUACUCUUGGAUGGGAUGGAUGUGGUUGAUAUUCAGUUCAUUGGUAGAAUUCGUAACAGAGCGGCUCAUUGUGUAGCCCGUCAUGCUCUGCUUUUGUCGCCUCAAUUGUUUGCGAGGUUCGACUUCUGUUCUUGGCUUCGUUCUAGGGGAAUAUAACCCCUUUAGUCCCCUUGUAUCUAAACGAUUUUCUCUUCUGAAGAGUGAUCUAAUGGAAAAAAAAAAACUAGACUAUUUGUACCCCCAAAAAAAAAACUAGACUAUGCUUCUACCCAAAAAAAGGGGGAAUUCGACUACCAAAAUAGAAGCUCAUUUAUUUACAAGUUUCUACUAGCUUUUACCCGACCCAUUGGUCGGAUGAUUUUUUAUUAUUAUUUAUGAUAAGCAAUUUAUUUGAAUUUUUAAAUUAUUUGGAGUUUUCUAGUUAGUUCGUGUAUGGUUUGAAAGUAACUUUUAUUAUGCUUGUUGUGUGUGACAUUCGUGGUAAUUAGUUCAUAGCCACUUUUCUUGAUUUGAAACAGUGGAAGCAUUGUUUAAGAAAAAAAUCCACUCAUUGCCUUAUCCGGUAUCUUUAAUAUGAUUUUACAAUUCUUAAUAUAAACACAUGUUAAAUCAGAAUUUCGUACAUAGUAGUGGGACCUAAAAAUUGCAAAGAACUGGAGAAGCUCCCAAGUCCCACAACAUUUGAUUGCAAUUGUGAUUCUGGACUUUUGCUUCUCAAGAAUUCCAUUUCAUAUAAACUUUUCGUAUCAAACCUAUGUAUUGAUGCACUUUUGGGAAAUGGAAAUCAGUAUAAUUGAGAGAAACAAUAGACAAACCAUGAAGCCAAGAAUCGUCUAAAUCAAACAAAAUAUAAAAACCAAUACAGUUUUCAUAACUGAAGGAUCAUAUUCAAUGAAGAACGGAAUGGUGUUAUUAUAAUGGAAGACCAGCAGGAGAGGACUUAAGUCCGAACAACACCAACAAUUCCCAUGAUAGAUUUGAUAAUGGGGAGUAGGACUGAACAUUAUAAUGCUCAGCUAAUGUUAAGUCCUGCUAUCUUACAUCACAGAGAAAGAGCUCUAGUGUUCACCAACCGGUUCCUUACACCUCAGCACUAAACAUAAAUAUAACAAAUUCACUGGACAUGGAGGCCCAAAAUAAAAACAAAAACUACCAGUCUAUAAAAUGACCAGAUAACUAUUACAAUGAGCAACCCACCAUUGCUCCCUAGCUUGCAGUCUAGCAAGAGGUGCAGAUAGGGGUGGCAAUUCUCAAUCCAAUCCACUAACCCUUUAAAAAUAUCCACUUAAUCCAAUCCGUUUAAAUCCAAUCCAUUUGAUCCAAAUCCAAUUUGGAUUGGUGGAUUCAUGGAAUCAAAUCAUGGAUCCAAAUGACAAAUUACGGUUUGGUACCUAUACUUUUUAUAUUUUACAUUUUGGUACCCAAAAUUUAAUUUUAUACGAAAAAUGUCAUUGGAAAAUUACAUUUUGGUACCUAAAAAUUUUCAUUAUGGCAUUUUAGUACCUAAACUUUUCACAUUUUACAUAUUGGUACUUGGUUGAGGAUGUCAUUUGGAUUCAUGGAUAAUCCACCAAUCCACUUGAUCCAAUCCAUGAAUCCACCAAUCCAUUGGAUCUAAUCCAUUUGAUCCAUGGAUCUACCAAUCCAAUUCACCAAUCCAUGAAUCAAUCCAUUUGCCACCUAUAGGUGCAGAUGUACCACCAGGUUAUGCUCAUGACGAACUCUCUAGUUAGCUUGUGGUAGUUUGACUUGAGGGUGUCCCACGCCAAUGGCACUCCAUGAUAGUAUCUCAUCGAUGGGGGUACCGGAAUAUCACAUACAGCUGAUAAUUUCACAACAAUUACAACAUUAAAGUAAGUCAGGUUGGAUUAAAAGAUGCGAACAACAUAUGAAAUAUUAUUUAUUGCAGCAUAGUUUCAGUUUGCACCCCCAACACAAUGUUUAGAUAGGGCCUGGGAUCGUAGAGCUUACACCUAUCAUCACCAAUCCUAAUCACGAAACAUUGAUUCAAUUCGUAGGUGAAGAAUAUAUUCUAUAGACCAAUUAGCUGAAAAAACAAACGUCAACCCAAUGUCGUUGAUGAGACCUUAAAUUAAAGCAACCAACCAUAAAGAAAUGGACCAAUUUUAG